UGGUUCCCCCUCAAUUGCCAUGGAAAAUUAGAAUACCUUUUGUUCUCAUAUUGUGACAGACUCUCAGUUCAAAUGGGACAAAUGGGAAUGGAGCUCAAUUUUAGUUUCGCAUUAGUUACAUUCCUCAUGGUCCUUCCAGGCAAUGAAGCCGCCUGCAAAAAGCCAAGUAAAGCCGUUGCCAGUACGACACUGAAGGGGGAAUUGUGGACGUUUGCCGUUUGGUAUCCAGUCCCCAUCCAUAUGGGGAUAUGUAAGCACUCCAAGUAUCCCGACCCAAACAAGCGAAGGCCGAAGAGUGACAGGUAUUCGAUUAUUAUUGCAACUGACGACAAGAACUAUGUGAUGGAAUACACAUGCAUCGAUACCGGAAUUCAGCCCAGGAUUGAGACUGUGGUGUAUACCAAAAAACAAAAGCUUAGGCCCGCCGUCAUCAAGGAAAUUGAGUCGGCCCACACUGAAGUCGGCUUGGAUAAGGCUAAAAUCUGGUAUUGUAUUUAUCAGAAAAUAUAAUAAAAUCUCCUUUGGACAAAACUUUCCACAUUUCAA